AUGGUUUUGAGGGAAACUUUUCUGUUUCUGAUGCUCACUCUCCAACUGCUACCUUCUUCUGCUCCCAGCUGUCUUCGAAGAUGGUUCAUGAUGGGCAGGACUUUGGGGCUGGCCAGCUUCAAAGCUGAAGAUGCGAUUGGCAUCGUCAAGCGACGCAGUACAGUUGCAGAAGCUUCUGCCACUUUGAACAAGCUCCUGCCCAAAACCAGUUCGGACGAGGCAAAUGAGACUUUCGCGGAGGGCAGUGGCGAGGGAGUUGAGUUAAAAGGGAAGAAAUGGGAAAAAUUCUCGCAAGCUCAGUCCCUUUCUGGGCAUCUGCGAACUGUUUCCACCUGCCCGAGCCUGGGCAAGAGGUACUCCAUUGGGUGUAGGGAGGCAAGGGGGAACAGCUGCACACCAAACGGCCGUCUGUAUAAGCGGCUAGAGUUUAGACUUUUCUCGGUCGACUCCGCGGCUGGAGCGGGCUUUGGAAGCUGCUAUCGGAGGUCUGGAACCGCCAGACUUACAGGGCCGAUGGAGAACAUUAUUAUGAGUAGCAACGAAUGA